GGCGUGUUCCGGGACGGAGGGGGCACCAACGAGUAAUGGCUGGGAGGGCGGGUAACCCGCGUGAAGACAGAGAGGGAGGGCACGUCUGGGGCGUGUGCGCCCAAGUCCAAGGGCAUCCGUGAUCCACGGAGCCUGGGUGGAUAGCCUGGGCCCGGCCCAGGAGCGAGAGAGCGCGAGUGUGAUUCAGGAAGUUGAGCGUCUGACUUCGGGGGCAGGGUAGAGUUGCAGUGAAACCUCAAAAAUGCAAGGCGUCGGCUGGCGGGAGAAGCGAGGGCGCCUCUCCCCUGCGAACGGCAGGUAAGCGCGGCGCCAGGCGGGCCGUGCUGAUCACUCCCUACCUGGCUCGGCGUGGGACAGGCAGGGGCUUCCCGCAAAGAAAGCGGCUCUUGUUCCCCUGCCCUGUACCCCAUCGCUGUCUCACGGGCCACUCCCGCAGAUCGCCUGCCGCCCCGCCUGCGGAAAGCCCUCUGGAGGACUGAAAGAUUUUAUUCCGUCUUGGUGAUGAAGAAUCUGACACCCAAAGCAACUGCAGCACCUUCCCAAGAAAGCAUGCUGAGUAAGUCGCAGGAGGAAGCCUGUGGCCCAAAGCCUGGUGAAUCUGGAAUAUUCCGCACUGUGCAUUCCUUGGGGUGGGGAGGUGCUGUCAAUGGCAUGCCCAAACCUGAAGCUGGAAGAGGAAUAGCUUACAAGUGGACAAGGCUGCACCUUCUUGAUCUCAAAACUUACGAGCGAGGUGAGAGGUUCCUCUGGCCCCAAAUUAGCCAACACCAUGGAGAAAAUCAGCACCUUCUUCAACUCCAUCUGGGUUGUCAUUUCAACCAAACACCAAGAGGGCCUCUACAACACCAUCUGCCUGGGCAUCCUCCUGGGGCUGCCUCUCCUGGUGGUCAUCACACUCAUCUUCAUCUGUUGCCAUUGCUGCUGGAACCGACCAGGCAAAAGCGGUCGACAGCCAGAGCGAAACAAGGGCAAGAAGAAAAAGAAGAAGAAAGCUGAAGAAGACCUCUGGAUCUCUGCUCAGCCCAAGUUUCUCCAGCUGGAGAAGAGACCAUCGCUGCCUGUCUAGUUAGGCAGGAAGCAGAGGUGUGCCCUCGGGAACGAAGCCGGCUUCCAGCUACACACAGGUUGGGGAGCAGGACCCUCAGGGACACACUCCUGUCCACAGAGGAACAGUUCAACCAGGGAACAAACCUCAGGACAAGUGUCCCCUGGAGAGUACUUCUGGGGACCACAUGGACAAUUUAAGGGCACUGACUAGGCAGCUGUGUGUCCGUUUGCAAUACUCUUCCCAACAGACUCAGGCCUGCCUCCCGCCUAUCUCUGGCAUGCUCCAUAUGCAAAAGCACAAAGAACAUUUAUCCAUACAUCUUGAUAUGUCCCCCAAAUGCACACAUGUGUAUACCAUACACACACGUGCGCGCACACACACAUGCACACACAUACAAAUUUGGGCAACAGGUACCUGGGAAAUAGAUUCUGUUCAUCAAAUGAUCAUCAAAUAUCUAUUUUGUGCAAGGCCCUUGGCCAGGCUCUAUAUCAUCUGGUCUUGUGAAAAGAAGUCUCAUAGGAAGGCCUGGCCAGACGCAGGCACAAAGGCACAGUUACCUAGCAGGUCCCUCUGCACUGUCUAUUCCAUAUACCACUCAGGUGAGAGAUGUGUGCUUUCCCACCCCACCCUACAUAACCUUUUACUGGAAAUCCUCAUAUUUGGACAUUCCAGCCACGUGGUACAGUCCCCAUCCUGUACUCGGAUACACACCAGGUUUCUGUGCUUCUGACCUCUCUCCUGAGAGGACCAGUAAAAUGUAGCAGAUCAUCAUUCAUUGCAAAUUCUAGUCUUACAACUCAAGACAAGGUCCUCAUUGCCACUGAGAGGUAUUUCGUGUGGCUCCAGACCUCCCUUUGAGGCACUACCCCCUGAAUCACUUGGGAAGGCGCCUUCUCCAAGCAAGAGCACACGAUCCCGGAAGGGACUGCUCACAAGCUGUGGGAACCAGGUGUGCUCCACUGACCUCAGGGACUGCUAUUGCAUGUACCUGUGCAAGGUGUGUUUUACAGAUGAAAGGAGAUGUGAAACCUGAUCUGGGUAUCUCCUCCAUCACCAGUGGUAUCCAAAAGGGAAGGACUCAAGUCACCGGUACAGCCUCACCAAAGGCACACUGGAGGUGAUUCCAUAAGCAUGCAGUGGGUGCAUGGUAUGUCACGGACGGGAUGCAGAGAUGAGAGUUUAAAUGAAAGGAUAAAGCUAUAUAUAGAGGCUUAUUAAUAUUUAUCUUGAAGCUCAGGCAAGUGCCUUGCACACCGUUGGUACUCAUAACUGUCUGUGGAUGCUGUUGGAUAUGUGAUGAUGAGGAUAUUAAGGGUAAACUUGGAAUACCUCACCGAUUCUCCCAAGUGACCUUUCUUCCAAGGAGCCCACUAAUUGCUGCAACAGAUGAAAGUUGAAUUCGGCAGGAUGGUGCAUGCCGCUCCCAGGGGUGGGUUGAUGGGCACCCUGAGAUCCAUGAGGGCUGCAGUGAGUUGAGGAAUAUGUUCCCCCGUAGGGCUGAGGUUAGGAGGCAGAGUUGGCCCAUUUCUGUGAUAAAGUGGUUGGCAUUUUGUUAUUGUGACCAUAUUACAAACAUGUCUAAUUUCCAGCUCAGAAGCAGGUUGUGCUCUAAGUUUAUUUGCAAAUCUGCUGGGUAGCUGUCUUGAAAUAAUUUCCCAUGGAAGCUGUUCUAAAUGGUGUGAGAUAGUAAUUUAAUUAAUUAUGUAGCUAAACUCGAUAUUUAUAGUAGCUAAAAAGGAAAUUCUAUAAGACCAUAUUCAGGGGGAGAUGUACUCCAUUUGCUUACUUGGGCUACCUGGUACUCACCUGACCCCAGGUGUAUCCUAGGCCUGGAACAGGUGAGUGUCUAGUGACUGCUGCACUGGGGUCUUCUAACCAAUGGUCCUAUGAAUCAUAUGUCAGGCCUGCCCAUAGGGCUGAGUCAUAUUCACCAGUCACAUUCACCCUCUCACCCUAAGAGGUCCCACAUUCCCUGGGUACUCAGGUCCCCCGACUCAUGAAGCCCUCUGACCUGAGAUCCAAGCACCCUCUUAUUCUCUAUCUCCUUGUCACAUGGAGAACAUGGCAGAGAGCAGGUGGCUGCGCAAGUCACCCCAUCAGGACGACUAGAGCCUCUCUACAUCUACUGCUGCCCUUCCUGUCUCCAACUCGCGGUCCCCUAAAAUGGAUGACUUGGGGGAGAUGUGGAGGCUGACGGCUAAAACUGGGUGUCAGGUAUGAUCUAGGGGAGCGGAUCAUCAGGAUCAGGGACCGCACACAUAACAUGGUUGCCAUGGCAACUGGCUGCUAGUUUGAAUUAAGAUAGCAGUCAGUUGCCAUCGCCAUGACAAGGCCUCUGUCUGGGGGGUGCAGUGUUCUGCUGGCUCCUGUUCGAAUGGUGUUGCAUUACCUCUGGGGGUGAAUCACCCAGAAAUGCUCUUGGUGGCUUCUAUAGCUUAGGACCCAGGAGACCCAUCCCUGCAUGAGGCUUAACUCUCGAUGCAACUCUCCUGACAACCUUCCUAGAGGACUGAGAACAGUACCCGGGGCAUGCUAGAUUCCCCGGUUUGUGCUGAAUAAAUGGGCAUGUGGACGGAGCCCAGUUCAGGGUGUCCACUGCCUGUCCAUUGUCUUUCCAUUCCAUUUCCACCUUUGUCAGGUUUUAUUCUUGUCUGAGUCCCUUUGCUCCCACACCACUCUAGUCCCCUCCUUUUAUUCCUCUCCAUUUUCACUCCUUUCCAGCUUCUGUCCCAGAACAGCCACUGGCAACCAGAAACAACUGGGGACUGCAGCCUGCUGGGCCCAUCUUAGGGGACUUAGGUAAAAGGAGGACACAAGAGAAUGGUGAAGAAAAGGCUUCCUAAACCAGCACAGGUUUGGGGAGAGAGCUGAACAGCUUCAGCCACCAAAGUCAAGGAGAUCUUGCCCCCACAUGGCUCAAGGAUUUGCUUUUUUAUCUGGGGUGGGGGUGGGGGGGAAAGGGAAGAUCUAGGGAAAAGGAGGUCACCUUUUCAAGAAGAAUAAAAAUGGUCAAAGUGGUAUAGUAUUUGUCAGUAUUUCUUUUCUGUAAAAUUCAAACACAAAAGGAAAAUUUAUUUAA